AUGUUGGCUGAACCAAUGGCAUUUGCACCAAUCAGCACUCGGAUUGCUGCUCUUUCCGUCAGCGCAGAGUCGAAUGGGAUUUGCAUUUACAUGGCUCUAGCACAUCGUGGAGAUGCUCUGAAUUCUUCAAAGCUGAAAGGCCAUUCGGAUGCACAUCGUCAAAGCAGUUCUGGUGGUCAGAUCACCUGUUUUGUCACCCAACCGGACAAUGUCGUUCUCCACGUUGAUGUGGAUAGCAAAGCAAAGGGUCAGGAAGUAUUGAAUAAGAUCUGCACGCUCCUGGGGAUCCAGGAUGAGGCGGACUACUUUGGUCUGCAGUAUGCCCUCUCGAAAGGCGAUUUAAUUUGGCUCAACAUGCGUAAUCGUCUUGCCAAACAAAUUCCUGGUAGUCCACCAUUCAAACUCUUCUUCAAGGUCAAGUACUUUGUGCCUCCCUACAAUCUGGUGCUGGAAGAAACCAAACACCAGUUCUACCUCAAUGCCAUGCAGCAGUUGAAGCUGGGCCUCUGGGAUGCUGAGACCUCUCUCGAGCUGCAGUCCCGUCUCAUUGCCCUCAUGACAUACGUCCAGUUCGGUAGUUUCAACGCCGCUACCACGCCAUGUAAAUACGCCUGUUUCUGGUCCGAUCGUCGUGCUGAAAUGCCUCAUGAGGUGAUCUCCAUGGCCGCCACUUUCCAUCGUCAGCUGACUGGGAUGUCAGUACGUGCAGCGCAGUAUGAAUUGCUGCGGAUAAGUCACGAGGAGGUGCCUGCUUUUGGUGUCUACUUCUAUCAAAUACUUGACAUGUUUGGACAUCGACUACUUAUGGGUGUUGGACCGGAGUACGUAGCACUAUGUCAGACGGAUUUCAAUUUUAUUGAAAGGUAA